AUGGGGAACAACCAGCCUGCAGUUUCUGCACCCGUCUGGGUCAAACGUACGGCGGCCGAGACUCCUUCCAAGAUAGCUAGCCCUGGAUAUGAGACUCUCCUCUCCCGGAUCACUUCAAUUGAGUCUCGCCUGGCCAAAGCUGCUCCUGGCGGAAAUGAUGUCUUUGACACCUUGCCAUCACCAGAGGUCGUUUGGGCCGCCAUUGACAGCUACUUCAACUAUUCACACAAUCAGCCAUACUCGUUCUUCCACGAACCAUCCUUUCGGCAAAGUGUUUCUGAUGGCUCGUUGCCCACCUUCCUCCUGCUCGCCGUCCUGGCAAUGUCGGUCCGCUUCGUCCAUCAUCCCUUCUUUGCUGGUCAACAAGUCCGCGCCUCACAGUCCUACGCCCGCGCUUGCUGGAGAUUGAUCGCCUCGCAAUGUUUGGACGACGACCUCGCCGACUACCGACACGUUCAGGCUCUCACCCUCCUUUCCAUCUGCGACUUUACCGCUUGUCGCGGAUCAGCCUGGAUCAAAAUCGGCCUGGCCGCUAGGGUCGCUCAGGUCCUCGGCAUGAUGUUCGAGCCACACCCUUCCCUGCCGUUCGCCGCACAGGAGGAGCUGCGGCGAACGUAUUGGUCAGUCUACCUACUCGACAGACUCGCCACUUGUUCGCGUGGAAGACCGGCCAGCCUACAGGAUUACUCCUGUCAGCUCCAGCUUCCGUGCCAUGAGGAGGACUUCAUCUCGUCCAUCCCUCAGACGACGCUGACAUUGGCCCAAGUCAGCAGCCAAGGCGCCACCAGCGAAGUCUCAGCAUCCAGCCUCUCGCCCUUGGGACGUGUGAUCGUGCUCGCCGCCGAGCUGCAUCGGACAUCCGUCUACAUUGUGCAAGGGUAUGACCAGGACGAUCAGAAGCCGCCGUGGGCACCUCAGUCUGACUUUUCGGCCAUCCGAGCCCGACUGUCGUCGCUGGAAGUCCAACUUGAAUAUGAUCGACCGAUCCAGGAAGUUCUGGCGGACUACUCUGCCAUGCACCCCAGUGCGAAUGCAAGAGAGCUCCAUUCGGUGGCCCCAUUGAUCUUCUCCUACGCGCUCUAUCACUUGUGUCAGUGCCUGCUGCACCACCCAUUUCUGCUCCGGCGACGGUUUGAGCUGAGCAACGCCAAAUUCCGGACCAGUUUCUUCGCCGCCAGCGUCGGCGCCUCCUUCAAGCACGCCAAAAUCUUGACCGAAACCCUUCAGAAAGCUCGGGAGGCUGGGUACAGCACCAUCGCCUCCUUCCUCGGGUACUGCGCCCUGGUGGCAGGAUCCAUUAACUUCCUACACUCGCAUUCGGACUCGGAACCUGACCGCUUGGCUGCAUUCCUGAUGAGUCGACAAAACGUGGCUUUUCUCAAGAGCCACGCGCUGAUGUGGCACAAUUCCACCUCGAUGGCGAAUGAACUCGAUGCCUUUGGCCCCAAGGCGAGCUUGUACCGGGAUCUCAUCGACCCGUCGUGCUACCACGUCCCACUGACGCAACAGGAUCUGGAGCUCCUCUACCGACUCGUCGACUACGGGACCAUGUCCAACGGGACGCAUUCGGGGACCCCGUGGUCCCCCAGCCUGUCCCAAAGUCUCGUCCAAUCCGAGCUCGGCGGGUCGCCAAUGACUUUCCGGAAUUCCAUGUCCCACCUCGACAGCACGGCCCAGGAUCUGUAUCUGGUCGGCGCGAUAUCUGACCACGAGGCCAGUCUCUGUUCACUGGGGUUUGGCAGUCUCUGGGACCUCUAG